UGUCGUCCCCCUCAGCUAUCUAAAGUUCAGCAGCAGUCAUUGAAUUUUGUGUUCUCUUUAAUUGUUGAUAAUAGUACAACAACAACAACAGUAAAAAUGGCGUCAAAAUCAUCAGUACGAUCAUUACGACACGCACUCAAUGGUGUCUUUUCUGUCUACAAGCCCACCGGUUACACUUCGCGCGAUGCAGUGAAUAUGGUUCAAGAUUCACUUUCGGAACAACUGCGAUUGCGUAUGGACUUUACCAAAAAGCUUAAGAAUCGUGACAAGAUUAAGAUUGGUCAUGGAGGCACCUUGGAUCCGUUGGCAGAAGGCGUAUUAAUAUUGGGGGUUGGCGAUGGCUGCAAAAAACUGCACGACUUUUUGCAUUGUACCAAGGAGUAUCUCGUAUUAGCAAAAUUCGGACAGGCGACGGAUAGUUACGACAGCGAAGGCACUAUCACACAUAGUGGAUCGACAAGUCAUAUCAGCCGGCAAAGCUUAUUGUCGAUCCUACCUCAAUUCAAAGGAGAGAUCACCCAAGUACCACCAAUAUAUUCCGCCAUCUCAAUCCAGGGCAAGCGUGCCUAUGAUUAUGCAAGACAAGGCAUUGCUCUACCUCGACCAAUCGAACCACGUCAGGUUCAGAUACUGGCCCUAGAUCUGGUCGAGUUCCAUCAUCCGUAUGCGGUCUAUCGGGUCGAAUGCGGCGGAGGGACGUAUAUGCGGAGUUUAGUCCAUGACAUUGGGCUUGCGCUUGGUUCUUAUUCCCACAUGACAGGAUUGAAGAGAACACGUCAAGGUACAAUGACGAUCCAGGAUGCGCUCGAGUUGACGAUGGUGGAUGAUAACAGCAACGACAGCGACGCAUCCUCUUCUAGUAGUAUUAAUAGUACUAGCAACAGCAGUGGAACAAAGAUGAAGCACAUUGAUUUGGAUAAAGUGAUUAAAUUACUGCAUUAGCUCUUUUCAAAAACAAUCAUGGACGGCAGUUCCACGCAUUGAACAUAUGCG